AUGGAUACAUAUGCUGUGACAUUGGAAUGGACAAUGUCCAAUCUACUAAAUCAUCCUCACGUUUUACAAAAACUUAGAGCUGAGCUUGAUUCUCAAAAUGGUCAACAACAAUGGGUGGAUGAAUCAGAUCUCUCUAAACUAUCUUACCUUGAAAAUGUUAUUUCUGAAACUUUACGAUUGUACCCAAUAGCUCCACUCCUUAUACCACACUAUUCCUCUAAUGACUGCACUAUUAGUGGAUUUGAUGUACCACAUGACACAAUGGUAAUUGUAAAUGCAUGGGCCAUGCAUAGAGACCCUAAGUUAUGGGAAGACGCAGAGAGUUUCAAACCUGAGAGGUUUGAGAGUAAUCAUGAGAGUGAAGGAUAA